AUGGCCGACGUGGAGGAGGAGAUCAUCCCGCAGACGCUGAAGCAGAAAUUGCUGUUCUACACCACGGCCUUCUUCAUCCUCCUGGGCACGUUCAGUCUCUUCGCCUUCCUCUUCCUCGUGCCUUUCGUGAUCGACCCCGCCUUCACCACCAUUUUCAUGCAGUUCGACACGCACCCCGCGUGGUGCGUGACCACCGAGUCCGAGACGUUGGUAGGCGCGUCCAACUGCACGUGGAGCUCGUGCCGCGAGGGCUGCACCAAAGAGCUCUUCCGAUGCACCCAGGUGCGCGUCAACUACAAACUGGUGCCCCCGCCGGCGCUGCCGGCGUCGCCUUCGCCCUCGCCCUCGGCUUCGGAUUCACCCGCGCCGACGGCGUUGGCGCUGGCGGCGGCCGGGGCGGCCGCGCGGGGGGAGGAGGAGGCUGGCGAGGAGGGGGACAACGCCACGGACGACGGGGCGGGUGCGGGGUGGGGGACCUCGCGGCGGGCCGGCGCGACCCCGCGUUCCACGCGCGCCGUCACCCCCGCGACCACGCCGGCCGCGCGCGCGCCGCGCGCCAUCCGCGAGUACGACUACCUCUCCGAGGACAUCCUCAAGGAGGAGGAGGAAGAGGCGGCCGCCGACAACCUGCUGGAGGAGCUGCAGCUGGAGCGUGGCCUGCAGGGCAACGACUCCGAGUGGUUCUACGUGGGCGCCAAGCUCUACCCGAACGUGAAGGGGUGCGGCUACCCGCCCAUGCUGGAGUGCAGCGUCUUCUUCGACCUGUACGGCUCCGUGGGCUCCAACUUCUCGUGCUACUACAGCAAAGUGGACCCCGGGCUGGUCAUCUCGGAGCUGGACAUGCACCAGGUGUACAUGAACCUGGUGUACGCCAUGGCCAUCCCCAUCCCGUCCUUCAUCGUGUCCGUCAUCUACCUGACGUUCGCCUACUUCGUCAUCUACAACGAGGACGAGGAGGGCCAGGAGGGGCUGGUCGGCACCGACGCCGGCGACGGCGAUGGCGACGGCACGCUGCAAAGGCGGCGACGCGACCUCGCCGAUUGCCAAAGCCCGACCUGA